AUGGAUAAAACAAAGGUUAAUGAAGACAAUUCAGUACUCGUGAAAAAGAUAUUGGAUAUUGGAUAUUAUGACCUUAACCAAUUAUUUAAAUGGACUAUGUUAACUAACGAAGAAAAUACUUUAUUAGAAGACCAACCAAUUCAGUCGUCAAUCAAACGGGUAUCUAAAGCUCGUAAAUCUUGUUCCGGUGAUCAUCAAAAUUGCAGUCCGAUUGGAAAAAAUAGCACUAACGAUUUGAAUGGUAAUAUCGUCACUCCUACCCUGGAUAAUCGAGAAGUUGAUCGACUUAAAUUCACUAACCCAGGUAGACAAAUGGAAGAACUAGAAGUUGGUUGGUCUGAAGCAAAUAUGACACGAAGUGUUCGCAGACAAAUGACCGUUAAAUCUAGUUACAAGUCAUCAGAUCGAUUGCAUCCAUUAUAUGAUUCUCGUGGACGCCUAUUAGGAACUUUGGACUAUAGUUGUGAUUGUCUUAAACCUGAGUGUCCUGGGUGCCAUCUACCUUGUCGUCGGUGUCAUUCUACAUUUUGUGGGGCAUCAUGUCGAAUUUAUCGAACUUAUCGUGUUAGUGGAGUUAAGCUGUUUAUUUGA